UUGCUUUCCCUGUACACCACCCUCUCAGUUCUGGCCUCCAUCGUGCUUCACUCAAGACAAAGCUAUGACUGCCUUUAAGGGCAUCUGGACUAAGGAGUUCUGGCGCUGUGUGACGGCUGAGUUCUCUGCCAUGCUGAUCUUUGUCCUGCUUGGCCUCGGUUCAACCAUCAACUGGGGCACUGUUAAGGAGGAUCCCCACCCCCCCGACCUCGUGCUCAUCUCUCUCUGCUUUGGCCUGACUAUUGCCACCAUGGUGCAGUGCUUCGGCCACAUUAGUGGGGCUCAUAUCAAUCCAGCGGUCACAGUAGCCAUGGUUGUGACCAGGAAGCUGAGCCUGGCUAAAGCAGUCUUCUAUCUCCUGGCCCAGUGUGUGGGAGCCAUAGUUGGGGCGGCCGUACUGUACGGGAUCACCCCAGCCUCUGUUAGGGGUGGGAUGGGAGUCACUGAAGUGAAUGAAAGUAUCUCUGUGGGUACCGCCCUGGUUGUAGAACUCUUCAUCACCUUUCAGCUGAUCUUCACCAUCUUUGCCACCUGUGACCACAAACGUAAAGAUCUUAAAGGUUCAUCUGCUUUGGCUAUUGGCCUUUCUGUUUGUGUUGGUCAUCUGUUUGCUAUUCCCUACACUGGAGCCAGUAUGAACCCAGCUCGGUCCUUCGGCCCAGCAAUGGUCACAUGGUCCUGGGAAAACCACUGGGUGUACUGGGUGGGUCCGUCAAUGGGUGGCACUCUGGCUGCAGCUCUUUAUGAAUACCUGUUCUGCCCCGACCCAGAGGUGAAGAAACGUUUCUCCGAGACUUUCGUGAAGACGCCCUUCACUGCUGCUAAACAACGACAGGAUUCAGCCACGGCCCAGGAGCCUCUGUUCACUGUCAUGGAUGUAGAAAGAGCUGAAGGGAGGGAGAGGGAGGUGUCUGGGGAGGUGCUGUCCUCUGUGUGAGAAAGAAAAGAAAGCAGCAAUGCCCCAAAUGCUGCUGAGCUGUCUGCUCUCGUCUGCUCCUGUAGACGGGCGCAUUAAAACAGUCGUGGUUGUAGCGGGGGGGCUUCUUGUUUUGGCAACCAAAACCCUUGCGUUGGCUAGUUUUAAGUAAAGGCUCCAAGGUUUUCAAAAAAUACUGUAAAUAAAAAGAAACUGCUGAAAGCG